CUGCAUUACCAAACCUGACUUAAUCUUCAAGUUGGAGCAAGGAGAAGAGCCAUGGAUGGUGGACAAAUGCUUGAAUCAGAGCCUUUCAGUGGUCAUGAAAAUGGAUGACCUGAUUAAGAUCAACCAGGAAAGUCAGGACAAAAAUCUGAAUCAGGAUUUUAUGAAAAAUAACAAGACAUCAGCUCACAAGAGAGUUGAAUUAAGAAAAACCCUUAGUUUAAAUUCAAGCCAUAUUCCUACAAUGAUUAUUAAAAAGGGAAUCUAUUCAGGAUUGAAGCCUGAGGAAUGCAAUUAAUGUCACACUGUGUAUCCCCACAGUGGGCCUGAUCAACUACAGGCUGGAGAGAAAUUUGACAACACUAAGAUACCUGGAAAAUCUCUCCAGUUCUGUGAGCCUCUUAGUCAGUAUGACAAUAUUCACAUCAUGAAGCAGCCAUUUGGACCCACUGGACAAGCAAAAGUCUUCACAAGAAAGAUGUUCUGUAAAUCUGAGAGGGUUCAUAUGGCAGAAAACUGUAAUAAAUCAACUGUCACUUUUGGAAAAGCAACUCAAAUAGAAAAAGCUAUCCAUGAAAAUUCUAGCCUCAUUAUGCAUCAAGAAACUCACACAAGAAAGAAAUUUUAUAAGUACAUUAAGUAUGCUGAACCUGUCAUUCACCAGUCACAUCUUGCAAUAAAUAACAGACUAAAUACAAGGGAAAAACUUUACACAUGUAACCCUUGUGGAAAAUCACUCAGUAUUAAUUCACCUUAUGAAUGUAAUGACUGUGGAAAAGCCUUUGGACAAAAGUCAGUCCUCAGGAAAUGUCAACAAAUUCACACAGGAGAGAAACCACAUGAAUGUAGUGAUUGUGGAACAGCCUUUACACAAAAGUCAUACCUCAUAAACCAUCAGCGAAUUCACACAGGGGAGAAACUUUAUAAAUGCCUUCAUUGUGGAAGAGGCUUUCUGUGGAAGUCAGCCCUCAUCAUACACCAGAAAAUUCACUCAGGGGAGAAACCUCAUGAAUGUAAUGACUGUGGAAAAGCCUUUGGAUUCAAGUCACACCUCAUCAUACACCAGCGAAUUCACACAGGGGAGAAACCUCAUGAAUGUAAUGACUGUGGAAAAUCCUUUGGACACAAGUCACACCUCAUGAAACAUCAGCGAAUUCACACAGGGGAGAAACCUCAUGAAUGUAAUUACUGUGGAAAAGCCUUUAGAUACAAGUCAGGCCUCAUCAUACACCAGAGAAUUCACACAGGGGAGAAACCUCAUGAAUGUAAUGACUGUGGAAAAUCCUUUGGACACAAGUCACACCUCAUGAAACAUCAGCGAAUUCACACAGGGGAGAAACCUCAUGAAUGUAAUGACUGUGGAAAAGCCUUUGGAUACAAGUCACACCUCAUCAUACACCAGAGAAUUCACACAGGGGAGAAACCUCAUAAAUGUAAUGACUGUGGAAAAGCAUUUGGACGCAAGUCACACCUCAUGAAACAUCAGCGAAUUCACACAGGGGAGAAACCUCAUGAAUGUAAUGACUGUGGAAAAGCCUUUGGAUACAAGUCAGACCUCAUCAUACACCAGAGAAUUCACACAGGGCAGAAACCUCAUAAAUGUAAUGACUGUGGAAAAUCCUUUGGAUGCAAGUCACACCUCAUGAAACAUCAGCGAAUUCACACAGGGGAGAAACCUCAUGAAUGUAAUGACUGUGGAAAAGCCUUUGGACAAAAGUCACACCUCAUCAUACACCAGAGAAUUCACACAGGGGAGAAACCUCAUGAAUGUAAUGACUGUGGAAAAGCAUUUGGACAGAAGUCACACCUCACCAUACACCAGCGAAUUCACACAGGGGAGAAACCUCAUGAAUGUAAUGACUGUGGAAAAGCCUUUGGACGCAAGUCACACCUCAUAAACCAUCAACGAAUUCACACAGGGGAGAAACCUCAUAAAUGUAAUGACUGUGGAAAAGCCUUUGGACAAAAGUCAGACCUCAUCAUACACCAGAGAAUUCACACAGGGCAGAAACCUCAUAAAUGUAAUGACUGUGGAAAAUCCUUUGGAUGCAAGUCACACCUCAUGAAACAUCAGCGAAUUCACACAGGGGAGAAACCUCAUGAAUGUAAUGACUGUGGAAAAUCCUUUGGACGCAAGUCACACCUCAUCAUACACCAGCAAAUUCACACAGGACAGAAACCUCAUAAAUGUAAUGACUGUGGAAAAUCCUUUGGAUGCAAGUCACACCUCAUGAAACAUCAGCGAAUUCACACAGGGGAGAAACCUCAUGAAUGUAAUGACUGUGGAAAAGCCUUUGGACGCAAGUCACACCUCAUCAUACACCAGCAAAUUCACACAGGACAGAAACCUCAUAAAUGUAAUGACUGUGGAAAAGCAUUUGGACAAAAGUCAGACCUCAUCAUACACCAGAGAAUUCACACAGGGCAGAAACCUCAUGAAUGUAAUGACUGUGGAAAAGCCUUUGGACGCAAGUCAGACCUCAUGAAACAUCAGCGAAUUCACACAGGGGAGAAACCUCAUGAAUGUAAUGACUGUGGAAAAGCCUUUGGACGAAAGUCAGGCCUCAUCGUACACCAGCAAAUUCACAAAAGGGAGAAACCUCAUGAAUGUAAUGGCGAUGGAAAGGCCUUUGGAUGAAAGUCAGACCUCAUGAAACAUCAGUGAAUUCACACAGGGGAGAAACCUCAUAAAUGUAAUGACUGUGGAAAAGCAUUUGGACGAAAGUCACACCUCAUUGUACACCAGAGAAUUCACAUGGGGCAGAAAUCUCAUGAAUGUAAUAACUGGCAAAGCCUUUGGACACAAGUCACACCUCAUCAUACACCAGAGAAUUCACACAGGGCAGAAACCUCAUAAAUGAAAUGGCUGUGGAAAAGCCUUUGGACACAAGUCAUACUUCAUAUUACACUAGAGAAUUCACACAGGGGAGAAACCUCAUAAAUGUAAUGACUGUGGAAAAGCAUUUGGACGAAAGUCACACCUCAUCGUACACCAGAGAAUUCACAUGGGGCAGAAAUCUCAUGAAUGUAAUAACUGGCAAAGCCUUUGGACAUAAGUCACACCUCAUCAUACACCAGAGAAUUCACACAGGGCAGAAACCUCAUAAAUGAAAUGACUGUGGAAAAGCCUUUGGACACAAGUCAUACUUCAUAUUACACUAGAGAAUUCACACAGGGGAGAAACCUCAUAAAUGUAAUGAUUGUGGAAAAGCCUUUGGCCAUAAGUUAGGCGUCAUGAUACAUCAGCGAAAUCACACAGAGCAGAAACCUCAUGAAUGUAAUGACUGUGGAAAAGCCUUUGUAUGAGUCACACCUCAUAUCAUACUGGAGAAUUCACACAGGGGAGAAAACCCAUGAAAGUAAUGACCAAGGGAAAGCCUCUGGAUAAAAGUCAAUCCUUUAGAAACAUCAGAGAAUUCACACAGGGAGGAAACCUCAUGAAUGUAAUGACUUUGGAAAAGUCUUUCGACAAAAGACAAAACUCAUAUCACAGCAGAGAAUUCACACAGGGUAGAAAACUCAUGAUUGUAAUAACUGUGGAAAGCAUUUAGCCAUAUGUCAACCUUCAUCAUGCAUCAGGGAAUUCACACAGGGCAGAAACCUUAUGAAUAUAAUGACUGGAAAAGCCUUUGGACAAAAGUCAAACCUCAUAACGCACCAGAGAAUGCACACAGUGUUGAAACUUCAUGAAUGUAAUGACUGUGGAAAAACUUGAUUUUAAAUUCCAACUCCAAAUGCAUCAGAGGAUUCACACAGUGAAAUAACCUUAUAAAUGUAAUGACUGCAUAAAAGCCUUUUUCUAUAAGUUAUAUCAAAACAGAAUUCACACAGGGCAGAAACCGUAUAAAUCUAAUGAGUGUGGAAAAGCCUUUAUAAAUCAUAUGUUGUAAAUCAUAGCUCAUAUCACACCAGAGAAUUCACAUCGGAGAGAAACUUCAUGAAUGCAAUGACUGUAGAAAAGCCCUUGGCAAUAAGUCACAUCUCAGAAUGCGUCAGAAAAUUCACAUGAAAAGAAACCUUUUGGACAUAAUGACUUGGAAAGCUUUUUCCCAUAGUUCAGCCCUCAUUGCACAUCAUCUAAUUCAUAUGUGGGAAAACACUUUGUAUAUAAUGCAUAUGGAAAAGCCUUUAUCCAUAAGUAACACCCCAUAAAACAUCAGAAUUCACAUGGGGGAGAAACCAUAUGAAUGGAAUGAGUGUUGGAAAACUAUGCCAAAAUCACACAAUAUAACAUCAAGAAUUUAUUACAUGGUGGAAAUCUUGUAAUAAAUGUGGGAAAGCCUUUUGUCAGAAGGAAUACUUCAUAACACAUGUAGUUCAAACAAGGGAUAGAACUUAAGAAUAUAAUGAAUGUGAAGGACUUUUUCCAAAAUCAACAUAACCAUGUGACAGAGCCAUUUGCUGGAAAUUACAUCCCAUACAAUAGGUACUCCCAUAAGGAAGAAAGGUUGGGACCAGUGCUGUGGCACAGUAAGUUAAAGCCCUGGCCUGAAAUGCCGGCAUAUCAUGUGGGCACUGGUUCUAGUCCCGGUUGCUCCUCUUCUGAUCCAGCUCUCUGCGAUAGCCUGGGAAAGCAGUAGAAGAUGGCCCUGCACCCACAUGGGAGACCAGAAAAAGCUCCUGACUCCUGGCUUUGGAUCAUUGCAGCUCCAGUCAUUGCAUCCAUCUGGGGAGUGAACCAGUGGAUGGAAGACCUCUUUCAGCUUCUCUGUCUCUCUGUAACUCUUUCAAAUAAAUAAAGUAAAUUGUUAAAAAAUGAAGAAGUUCAGAAAUAUUAGUGUGACAAAAAGCCAUUUGUCAGAAAUUGAUCAUUAUACAUCAGAAAAUUCAC